AGCGCUUGGCCAAACCAGAGAGAGGGAAGAUGAGAGUUCACAAGAUCUCCAACGUCAACAAAGCUCUCCACUACAUCACCAGUAAAGGAGUCAAGCUGGUGUCCAUCGGAGCUGAAGAGAUCGUCGACGGCAACGCUAAAAUGACCCUGGGAAUGAUCUGGACCAUAAUCCUUCGCUUCGCCAUCCAGGACAUCUCUGUGGAAGAAACAUCAGCCAAAGAGGGUCUUCUUCUGUGGUGCCAGAGGAAGACUGCUCCCUACAAGAAUGUCAACAUUCAGAACUUUCACAUUAGCUGGAAAGAUGGGUUGGGAUUCUGUGCUCUCAUUCACAGACACCGUCCAGAGCUCAUUGACUACGGCAAACUGCGCAAGGAUGACCCCAUGACCAACCUGAACACAGCCUUCGACGUGGCAGAGAAGUACCUGGAUAUCCCCAAGAUGUUGGACGCUGAGGACAUCGUAGGCACAGCCCGCCCAGAUGAAAAAGCCAUCAUGACCUACGUGUCUAGCUUCUACCACGCAUUCUCUGGCGCUCAGAAGGCGGAGACAGCAGCCAAUCGGAUCUGCAAGGUGUUGGCUGUCAACCAGGAGAAUGAGCAGCUGAUGGAGGACUACGAGAAGCUGGCUAGUGAUCUCCUGGAGUGGAUCCGUCGCACCAUCCCGUGGCUGGAGAACCGUGCUCCAGAGAACACCAUGCAGGCGAUGCAGCAGAAGCUGGAGGACUUCAGGGACUAUCGGCGUCAACACAAGCCCCCCAAGGUCCAGGAGAAGUGUCAGCUGGAGAUCAACUUCAACACCCUGCAGACCAAGCUGAGACUCAGCAACAGACCUGCCUUCAUGCCCUCCGAGGGGAAGAUGGUGUCGGACGUCUCUAACGCCUGGGGCGGUCUAGAAGGGGCGGAGAAGGGUUAUGAGGAGUGGCUCCUCAACGAGAUACGCCGGCUGGAGAGACUCGACCACCUGGCCGAGAAGUUCCGUCAGAAGGCAGCCAUCCACGAAACCUGGACUGAAGGUAAGGAGGUGAUGCUGCAGGCGCGGGACUUUGAGACGGCCUCUCUGUCUGAGAUCAAGGCUCUGCUGAAGAAACACGAGGCCUUCGAGAGCGACCUGGCCGCGCACCAGGACCGCGUAGAGCAGAUAGCUGCCAUCGCUCAGGAGUUAAAUGAGCUGGACUACUAUGACUCCCCCAGUGUGAACGCUCGCUGCCAGAACAUCUGUGACCAAUGGGAUGCCCUGGGAGCAUUGACUCAGAAACGUAGCGAGGCUCUGCAGAGAACUGAGAAGCUUCUGGAGACCAUAGACCAGUUGUAUCUGCAGUUUGCUAAGCGAGCCGCUCCGUUCAACAACUGGAUGGAGGGAGCCAUGGAGGAUCUGCAGGACACCUUCAUAGUUCACACCAUAGAGGAGAUACAGGGUCUGAGUACAGCCCACGAGCAGUUUAAAGCCACUCUCCCUGAUGCGGAUAAGGAACGCGGUGCCAUCCUGGGCAUCCACAAUGAGAUCGCCAAGAUAGUGGCCACCUAUCAUGUGAACAUGGCUGGUACCAACCCUUACACCACCAUCAACCCUCAGGACAUCAACGCCAAAUGGGACAAGGUGAGACAGCUGGUGCCACAGAGGGACCAGGCCCUGAUCGAGGAGCACGCCCGCCAGCAGAACAACGAACGUCUCCGGAGGCAGUUUGCCACCCAAGCCAAUGUCAUCGGGCCCUGGAUACAAACCAAGAUGGAGGAGAUUGGUCGUAUCUCUAUCGAGAUGCACGGAACCCUGGAGGAUCAGCUGACCCACCUCCGCCAAUACGAGAAGAACAUCGUUAACUACAAGCCAAAGAUCGACCAAUUGGAGGGAGACCACCAGCUGAUUCAGGAAGCUCUGAUCUUCGACAACAAACACACCAACUAUACCAUGGAGCAUAUCCGUGUGGGCUGGGAGCAGCUCCUGACCACCAUCGCCAGAACCAUCAACGAGAUCGAGAACCAGAUUCUGACGCGGGAUGCCAAGGGCAUCAGCCAGGACCAGAUGAACGAGUUCAGAGCCUCCUUCAACCACUUCGACAGGGACCACUCAGGCACUCUGGGUGCUGAGGAGUUCAAGGCCUGCCUGAUUAGCCUGGGCUUCGAUAUCGCCAACGAUGCACAGGGUGAAGCGGAGUUCUCUCGCAUCAUGAGCAUCGUGGAUCCCAACCGGGUGGGCGUGGUCACGUUCCAGGCCUUCAUAGACUUCAUGUCCCGGGAGACGGCCGACACAGACACCGCUGACCAGGUCAUGGCCUCCUUCAAGGUCCUGGCUGGGGACAAGAACUACAUCCUGGCCGAUGAGCUUCGUCGUGAGUUGCCUCCUGACCAGGCAGAGUACUGUAUCGCCCGCAUGGCUCCCUACGCCGGCCCCGACGCGAUACCCGGUGCCCUCGACUACAUGUCCUUCUCCACCGCACUCUACGGAGAGAGUGACCUCUGAGUGACCUUUGACCCCUAACAUUUGAGGUCGCUCACCAGCCUACCUGCUCUUACCACCUCCCCCGCAAGACCCUUCUACUGCCCCAACACCGCAGCUCUGCUCUAGCAUAGGUACCAGAUCUGUGUGUUUUGUCUUACCCAACUCAUCGUUGUCACGCCAGUUUAGCAAAACACAGAUCUGGCAUCAGGCUAGCCCUGCUCUACAACGCUCAUAACAGCACAGACAGAUCUGGCAUCAGGCUAGCCCUGCUCUACAACGCUCAAAACAGCACAGACAGAUCUGGCAUCAGGCUAGCCCUGCUCUACAACGCUCAAAACAGCACAGACAGAUCUGGCAUCAGGCUAGCCCUGCUCUACAACGCUCAUAACAGCACAGACAAAUCUGGCAUCAGGCUAGCCCUGCUCUAUAAUGCUAACAUGUUUUUUCUACGUUCCUGGCCUUAUCUUAUAUGUCAUAAUCAUCUUGUCUGCCCCCCCCCCUUCCUUUUCCACCCAUUCCCCCCUCCGCCAACCCCUUUACUGGUGUAGGCUGAAGUUGCCCCUAGAUGCUGAUCUGGGGUCAGUUUAGCACUUUCCCCACUAAUAGUUAGUUAGGAUUGAGGGAGGGAAAGCUGAUCCUAGAUCUGUACCCAAGGGAAACUUCACCCCCGGACGGAGCAAGCCCCUUCCUUCCCUCCCUCAUACUUUGUCUCAGUUGGACUUGCUUCCCAUGCAGCAACACUCUCCAGGUUUACAAAAAGGGAGAGAAAUGUGUUUUUAUUUUUCUUGUUAUUGUUUUUCUUCAUAAAAUGAAUAAAGCUAACAUAUUUUAUUAUACAGAACAAAAAAAGGUAUUUUUCUUCACCUGGUAAAAAAAAAAAAGAAAGAAACAACAAUUGAAAUAAAGAUAAAUUGCUAUA